AUGACAGAAAAGAGCACGCAGUCCGACAAGGCCGCCAAGUCCAAGGGCGAUGCAGGGAAGGAUGCGCGCGCAAAGGACUCGCCAGCAGCAUCUGCGGUCAAGUCCGAAACCAUCGGCAGUCACGCCAGUCCGAAGAAGCGCCGCAAGGUCAAUCACGGUGAGUUUCCGUUCGCGUGCGGCAUGCGGACAUGCGACAGGGAUCGCGGUCCCAGCUACGCUGUCUGCGCCAUCGCGAUAGGUUGGGAGGGGUGGACGCUUCGAAGCGCGGUGCUAACGGUUCGCCUCAUUUGCAGCUUGUGUCUACUGUCGUCGCUCGGUAAGUCCUCGACUUCAAAACUGCCCCGGCGCGCACCAGGUCGUUCUCCGCGGCACCUUCUUCGGCGCCUGGUGGUCCCUUGGUGCUGGUGGGGGCAGACGAGGAAAGAUCUAUUUGAGGAAAUCGCAUUGCUAACUGACGGCCGGUGGUCGCGUGGGACAGCAUAUGACUUGCGAUUCGGUACGACAUCUCCCCCGUUUGCUUGCGGAAUUCCCAUCCAUUCAGUUCACCCGGUGGCCCUGUGCGGCCGGUUGCCAACGCGGUUGCGAGGUAGGAGAAUCUGCGUGCUGACCCGUCGUUUCUUCGUAGAGCCCACGAAACGCCGUGAUCCUGAUAAUUCGGCUGCGGACGAGGAAGGCUCGUCCAACAAUGAUCUAGUCACCGUCUCAGGAAUGCCUCGGAGUGUCGACGUCUCGGAUGCUGCCGGUCAGCAAAUCCUCCCCGACAGUGCGAUCGGAAUGCCGCCUUCCACGGUACAGCCGGGGAACAUUACUUCCUCUGGUGGGGGCCUUGAUGCCAAUUCCCAGUCCAUGAUGGCGUACAAUGACUGGAUGGGCGGACAAAACCAGUUCCAAGACAUGCACUCGCUCCAUCCGUCGUACAUGUUCAAUGCGCCCGAAGUCACCAACGAGUACAACUUGCUGGGAGAUUUCCUCAGCAAUAGUCUGUUGGAUGAUGGCGCGAUUUUCCCGGACCAAAACAUGCAGGGCAUCUACUCGGAUCCUUCAUUGAUCAACUCCGUGAACAACCUGAAUGUGCCCAAUGGCAUGCAGCAAACUCAGCUUCUACCACCCGCCCAGAACCAGACGCCGCAGGGUGACUCGAUCCAGCGCCCGACAUCGACCGUCGGAAACGACAAGGCACGCGAGACAUACUACAUGACCGCUGCAGAUCCCUCGGGCUCCGACCCACCUGAGGAGCGCAUGAACAAGCUUCUCAAGGCGAAGUAUGAUGCCGGUCUGCUGAAACCGUUCAAUUACGUUAAGGGGUACGCACGCCUGAACCAGUACAUGGAGAAGAAUAUGCACCAGUCAUCUCGGCAAAAGAUCCUGCGGCAGCUCGACAAGUUCCGGCCCAAGUUCCGGGAGCGCAUGCAGAGUCUGACCGAUAUCGAAUUGAUUCUUGUGGAAAUGUGGUUCGAGCGGAGCCUUAUGGAGUACGACCGUGUGUUUGCCAGUAUGGCGAUCCCCGCUUGCUGUUGGCGACGAACUGGCGAGAUCUUUCGAGGCAACAAUGAAAUGGCACAGUUGAUUGAUGUUCCGAUUGAAAGUCUGCGAGAUGGUAAACUCGCAAUCCAUGAAAUCAUUGUUGAAGACCAGCUGGUCAGCUAUUGGGAGAAGUUCGGGGCCAUUGCCUUCGAUAAUACCCAGAAGGCAAUGCUCACCAGCUGUACCUUAAAGAGCCCCAACCCCAAUGCAGCAGGUGAAGGCAUCCCCUGUUGCUUUUCAUUUACUAUUCGACGCGACAACCACAAUAUCCCGUCUAUGAUUGUUGGAAAUUUUCUCCCUACGCAAAGGAUACACAAGUAG